CCCCCCCCCCCCCCCCCGCCCUACUGUUCAAACAGGAAGGCGGACAUGUUGGUGCUUUUCGCAGGUUUCCUCACAGCCGCCGCGGCCGGACCUUACGCUCUCCCCUCCCCUUAAGCCACCUCCUUCCCUCCUCCGUCUCACGCUGCAACCUCGGGUCGGUCCUGAAGUGGUCCGGGCUGCCGUCCCGUACGUGAGGCGGAGGAGUGGGGGGGCGGGGAAGCGGAGCCGGUGUUGGCAGCGGCGGGAGGCAGCAAGGAGCCGGCGGCGGCCGCGCAGCGAGGCGGAGGAGAAGGAGAGAGGAAGAAAGAUGCUGUUGCCGUCGCUCCGCCGUUGAAGUGACUCGUCCCCUGCCCGCGGGGGGCCAAUCGCGGCAGGGGCCACUCGCGGCGGGGGCCGGGGCGGCCUGUGCGCGCAGCUGGCAGCCCUGCGCUGCCCGCCCGCUCGCCUGGAGCAGGCAGGGCACAGCCGAGGAGAGGGGCAACCUCUCCCCCCGGCCCGCCCCGGGCUCCCUCGCUCUGUGCCCAUGGAAGGACCAACCUCACGGCACUGAGACACGCCGCCGAGAGGAUUUUCUACGUUGUGGUUUUUUUCCUCUCGUUUUUGCCUUGUUGGUGUGCCUGCAGGCUUUUGCCUUUUUUUUUCUUUUUUUUUUUCGCUUUUUCUGUUGUUGUUGGCUUUUCUUCUGGUUUUGCGGAAAGAAAGCUGCGCUUCGGAACCUGGCACCGACCCGCCGCCGCUCCUGCAGGGCGAGGAGGAGGAACCGCUACGCUGGCUCCCAGGGCGGCUUCCCCGGCUGGGAAAAUGAGGUUGCUGAGACGCUGGGGCCCGAGUAGAGGAGGGAGGGAGAGGAAACCUGCUGCUACAGAGUUGUGAGCAGCCCAGGAAAGUGCGUGCGUGCGUGGAGAAGGGGGGAGAAGCAGCCUUGUCCCCCCCCCGCCGCGGACUCGCCUUCAGUUUUCUUUCCCCUUGGCGGGGCAGCGUGGGGGACUUGCCUCAGAGACUUCUGUGAUUGAAGGGAUUUUGCAGGAAGCGCUCCUCAGCCUGGUAUAGGCUGUGUGCUUUCUCUUUUGUGCUCGCUUGUUCCCGUUUUUUACUUUUUCAUUAUUUUUAUCCUUACUUUGCUCUGGAAUAAGGGAAACUUUUUAUCUCUGGAAACAUGUCGACGGGAGAAAGCUUUGAGUCUCGGUUUGAAAAAAUCGAUGUGACUUUAAAGGACCCCAAAUCCGAAGUGAACGUGGACUGUUUGCUGGAUGGAUUAGAUGCUUUGGUAUAUGACUUGGAUUUUCCUGCCUUAAGAAAAAACAAAAACAUUGAUAACUUCUUAAACAGGUAUAAAGACACGGUAAAUAAAAUGAGAGAUCUGCGCAUGAAAGCUGAAGAUUAUGAAGUGGUGAAGGUGAUCGGUAGGGGGGCAUUUGGGGAGGUUCAGCUGGUAAGGCAUAAAUCCUCAAGGAGAGUGUAUGCUAUGAAGCUUCUGAGUAAAUUUGAGAUGAUAAAAAGAUCAGAUUCUGCAUUCUUCUGGGAAGAAAGGGAUAUUAUGGCUUUUGCUAACAGUCCUUGGGUUGUUCAGUUAUUUUAUGCAUUCCAAGAUGACCGUUACCUUUACAUGGUGAUGGAAUACAUGCCUGGUGGGGACCUUGUGAAUUUAAUGAGCAACUACGAUGUUCCGGAGAAAUGGGCAAGAUUUUAUACUGCUGAAGUUGUACUUGCAUUAGAUGCAAUUCACUCAAUGGGUUUUAUACACAGAGAUGUGAAGCCUGAUAAUAUGCUGCUAGAUAAAGCUGGUCAUUUAAAACUAGCAGAUUUUGGUACUUGUAUGAAGAUGAACAAGGAAGGUAUGGUACGAUGUGAUACUGCUGUGGGAACACCAGACUAUAUCUCUCCUGAAGUGUUGAAGUCCCAGGGUGGUGAUGGUUACUAUGGGCGAGAAUGUGACUGGUGGUCAGUUGGAGUCUUUUUGUAUGAGAUGCUUGUAGGUGAUACACCUUUUUAUGCAGAUUCUUUGGUUGGAACAUACAGCAAGAUUAUGAACCAUAAGAACUCCCUUACUUUCCCUGAUGACAAUGAGAUUUCUAAAGAGGCAAAAAACCUUAUUUGUGCCUUUUUAACUGAUAGGGAAGUGAGGCUAGGAAGAAAUGGUGUAGAAGAAAUUAAACGGCACCUUUUCUUCAAAAAUGAUCAAUGGGCUUGGGAAACUCUCAGAGACACUGUAGCACCAGUUGUGCCUGACUUAAGUAGUGACAUUGACACUAGUAAUUUUGAUGAUCUGGAAGAAGACAAAGGAGAGGAAGAAACAUUUCCCAUACCAAAAGCAUUUGUGGGCAACCAGCUUCCUUUUGUAGGAUUUACGUACUACAGCAACCGUCGGUAUUUAGCUGUCUCUGCAGAAAAUUCCAAUGAUAACAGAACAGGCUCCAGUGUGGACAAAAGUGUGAGUAGAAGAGAAGCAGAUAUCGAUCUGGAAAAUAUGCAGAAGAUGAUCUAUGAGUUGGAAGAACAACUACAUAAUGAAAUGCAGUUGAAAGAUGAAAUGGAGCAAAAGUGCAGAUCUUCAAACAUAAAGCUAGACAAGAUAAUGAAAGAACUGGAUGAAGAGGGAAAUCAAAGAAAGAACUUGGAAUCAACCGUGUCUCAGAUUGAGAAGGAAAAGAUGGUAUUGCAACAUAAGAUAAAUGACUACCAAAGAAAAAUUGAACAAGAGAAUGAAAAAAGACGGAAUGUGGAAAAUGAAGUGUCAACGCUAAAAGAUCAGAUGGAAGACUUGAAAAAAAUCAGCCAACAUUCACAAAUUACAAAUGAGAAGAUAACACAAUUACAAAAACAACUAGAAGAAGCAAAUGAUUUGCUGAGGACAGAAUCGGAUACAGCAGCAAGACUGAGAAAGGGUAACACAGAAAUGAGCAAGUCAUUAAGUCAGGUAGAAUCACUGAAUAGAGAACUGCAGGAAAGGUGCAGAGCUCUAGAAAGCACAAAACUGCAGGUGGAGAAAGAUUAUUACCAACUGCAAGCAGCUUUGGAGUCAGAACGAAGGGACAGAAGUCAUGGAUCUGAAAUGAUUGGAGAACUACAGGUUCGGAUUACAACUUUACAAGAAGAAGUGAAAAAUGUUAAAAACAAUCUCGAAAGAGUGGAAGCGGAAAGAAAACAAGCACAGGAUAUGCUUAAUCAUUCAGAAAAGGAAAAGAAUAAUUUAGAGAUAGAUUUGAACUACAAACUCAAAUCAUUACAAGACCGGUUAGAACAGGAAGUAAAUGAACACAAAGUGACUAAAGCUCGGUUAACCGACAAACAUCAGUCAAUAGAGGAGGCAAGAUCAGUUGCAAUGUGUGAAAUGGAAAAAAAAGUAAAGGAAGAGAGGGCAGCAAGAGAAAAGGCAGAAAAUCGAAUAGUUCAAGCUGAAAAACAGUGUUCCAUGCUGGACUUUGACCUGAAGCAAUCUCAGCAGAAACUGGAACACCUUCUUGAGCAAAAGGAGAGACUGGAAGAUGAAGUAAAGAAUCUAGCACUUCAGCUAGAACAAGAGACAAAUAAGCGAAUAAUGGCACAGAAUGAAUUAAAGGCACAAGCUUUUGAAGCAGAUAACUUGAAGGGUUCCGAGAAGCAGCUGAAACAGGAAAUCAAUACGUUGUUGGAAGCAAAGAGAUUACUGGAAUUCGAAUUGGCUCAACUUGCUAAACAGUACAGAGGAAAUGAAGGUCAAAUGCGUGAGCUUCAGGAUCAGCUUGAAGCUGAGCAGUAUUUUUCGACACUUUACAAAACUCAGGUUAAGGAACUGAAAGAGGAAAUUGAUGAAAAGAAUAAAGAAACUCAAAGAAAAAUGCAGGAAUUGCAAAAUGAAAAAGAAACACUCACUACUCAGUUGGAUUUAGCUGAAACCAAAGCUGAGUCGGAACGGUUGGCACGAGCACUCCUUGAAGAACAGUAUUUUGAACUGAGUCAGGAAAGCAAAAAAGCAGCAUCAAGACACAGGCAAGAAAUGACUGAUAAGGACAGCAUCAUAAGAAGGCUGGAAGAAACUAAUAACACAUUAACCAAAGAUGUUGAUUUAAUAACAAAGGAAAAUUCAGAGAUCAGUGAAAAAAUUAAGAAACAGGAGGAAGAAUACAAAAUCAAAAAAGAGGAGGAAAUCAAUAAUAUUAGAAUGCAUUAUGAGAAGAGCAUUAACACUGAAAGAACUCUGAAGACACAGGCUGUCAACAAACUGGCUGAGAUAAUGAAUCGGAAAGAUUUUAAAAUAGACAGAAAAAAAGCUAACAUGCAAGAUUUGAGGAAGAAAGAGAAGGAAAACCGGAAGCUCCAAUUAGAGCUUAAUCAAGAAAAAGAGAAGUUCAAUCAGAUGGUAGUGAAAUACCAAAAGGAGGUCAAUGAAAUGCAAGCGCAACUAGCAGAAGAAUCUACGUACAGGAAUGAGCUCCAGAUGCAGCUGGAUAGUAAAGAGAGUGAUAUAGAACAACUACGAAGGAAAAUUUUGGACCUCCAGCAAGGAAUGGAUUCCACCAGUGUUGCUAGUCUCCAGCCAGAUGAAACGGAUGGAAAUCUUUCAGAAUCAAGACUUGAAGGUUGGCUUUCAAUACCAAACAAAGGAAAUAUAAAGCGGCAUGGCUGGAAGAAACAGUAUGUUGUGGUGAGCAGUAAAAAGAUACUGUUCUACAAUGAUGAAAAGGACAAGGACCAGUCUAAUCCAUCAAUGGUACUAGAUAUAGAUAAGCUGUUCCAUGUCCGGCCUGUAACUCAAGGAGAUGUAUAUAGAGCUGAAACUGAAGAAAUUCCUAAAAUAUUCCAGAUUCUCUAUGCUAAUGAGGGGGAAUGCAGGAAGGAUUUGGAGGUAGAACCAGUACAGCCAGCAGAGAAGACAAAUUUUCUAAAUCACAAAGGCCAUGAAUUUAUUCCAACGUUAUACCACUUUCCAGCCAACUGUGAGGCCUGUGCCAAACCUCUUUGGCAUGUCUUUAAACCCCCUGCUGCCCUAGAAUGUCGAAGAUGCCAUGUGAAGUGCCAUAGAGACCACUUGGAUAAAAAGGAGGAAUUAAUUGCACCAUGCAAAGUGAGUUACGAUGUAACUUCAGCAAGAGAUAUGCUGUUAUUGGCGUCCUGUCAAGAUGAACAGAAGAAGUGGGUGACUCAUUUAGUAAAGAAGAUCCCUAAGACACCACCAUCUACUUUUGUUCGUGCUUCUCCUAGAACUAUGUCUACAAGAUCCUCAGCAAAUCAGUCAUUCCGAAAAGUUGUUAAAAAUACUUCUGGGAAAACUAGCUAACCACAUGUACAGUGCUUAAUGGAAUUUCAUGGGAUGCGGUCUGAGAAACAGGGCUUUUUUUAACCACACAGAGCAGUGCAGACGGGCUGUUGUUCCUUUCAACAUAACUAUCACAGGCUUCAGGGUUAAGAUUGCUAUUACUGUCUCCUCCUUGCUUUGGCACAAAAGCACGCUGAGGGUGUUUAAUUGCGGGUUUGCCUAAAGGUAGAUUAGAUUAAUUAUUACUAUGUAAUGCAAGUUAAAGCAAAUAAAGCUUAGCUAGGUGUAUAAAAAAAGGUGCUGCCUUUUGGAUUUCAAAAAAAAGCCUGUCAAUCAUGAUGAAAUGCAGCCAACUUUCUUUGUAUCAGUGAAAGAAAAGGACUGUUUACCCUGUGAAGGGGCUAUUUAUGUCAAGAUGAGCAUAUGAAACGGAGUAGAGGAGGAAGGUUUCUCAAUGAGAAGGACUGCAAUUGCUUUCAAGACUCAAAGUUGUGCUCUUGAAGACUGCAGAACUAGCUUAAAAAUGAAGCCUUAUCACUUGAACUUCAGUGCCUUCACUGCAGAGUUCUUAACAGCCUUAAUGCUAACCACCCACUAUGGAAUGGAUCAAAGUGUUAAAUACUUUGCAUUAUGCUUUACAAAAUACUGAUUCAGCAGGUUUGUAAAGGGGGGAGAACAAGUAAUUGCCUUUAAUCUAUGCAUUUUUGCCAAGCCAUACUGAAUUAUUUUACUAUUAGAGGCAUUAGAAACUAACAGUAAAAAGAACCACCGAGUUUGGAAGCAUAUUUUGGGGUACAUAAUUUCUGUAACUAUAAUGUGUUGCCUUACAAUUUUAAGUGAUAACGUACAUUAAGUUAACAAACAUUUAAGAAAUAUAUGCACUGUUUGAACUGUAAAUUAUUCUUAGAACACUUUUACUGGGUUUUACAUUGUCGUUUUAGUGCCUUAAUUUGAGAUAAUUGUAUUAUUGCCAUUGUCAAUAAAUGUAGAAAUCUAAAACUAAACGAAGGAAACCUCUAAAAAACUAUUGCAUCAGUGGGUUUUACUGAAUUUUAAUUGGUUGAAGUAUUGUAGAUGCUAGAUGCAUUUUUCUAAAUUAAGUACAAUCUUUGAGUGAGAAUUCCUCUUACAAAGAAAGACUGAUUCUGGUUCAUAAGCCAAGAGAUGUGUAGGCAAUGCAAAAAAAAAAAAAAGGCAAGCAUAUAACGCAAAAGCUCUGGGUAAUUCAGGAAUUUCAGUAAAUGCUGUCAGACUCUUGCUUUGUAGCAGGAAUACAUUCAUGGUAUGGGCAGUAUGGUUUUAUUUUAUUUUAUUUCGUAACCAAAUACCUCCUCAGUAAUUUAUAAUGGCUUUGCAGUUGUGUAUUAAAUAAGAAGCACUGGAAAACUGAUUCGUCCUUAGGACGAUUUGCAUGUUUCAAGUGGUAUUGAAAGCCGCACUGAUGGAUAUGUAAUAAUAAACAUAUCUGUUAUUAAUAUGGUAAUGACUCUGUGCUCAUUUAAUGAGAAAUAAAGUAAUUUAUGGAAAGACCCUUUUGAAAA